AAUCCCUGUGACGUGUCUGGGUUACCCCUUCUGGCUGUGACUGAACUGCAAAAUAGCUUGUUGCUUGUGCAACACGAUAGCCUUACUGUACAGUAGUUAGUUGUGAGCAAAAGUAAUUUCUGCCAUACCGAUUUUCUAUUUUUAUUUUCCGACCAGAAUGUUUGCAACUCGAUAUUACCUUUCCUGAUAGUAGUUCCGCGUGGGCCGUUGGAAGUCUUUUGCCUGCGCGCGGUGACAAGUACAUCUGGAUGCGACAGAUCGUCGACAGAAAGUGCCUUGUCAGACAUCCCUACUUGAGCUGCCUGCCUGCACGUCACCUCCACCAAGCAUGCAACAUUCCCUCCCUCGCUGUGACAGAAGAUAGCUCAACCUCACCCCCUGCCCUACCAACUCAUCUUUAUCUGGCUCCGUCGCUGCGCUGCCUCAGAAACCCAAGCAGAAAUAUUUAACUGCAGCGGUUGAGGGAACUGGCUGGACUCUCUGCCAAAACAGAGUGCUGACUGACCCAUUCGGAGAAGUUUAGUCAAUACCCAACCCACCAUCUGCACAAAUUUAUAUUCUCGCCCAAGCAGUGCCAUCACCCUCGAAAUAGCACCAGUUUCAAUUAUCUUCCCCACCCCCUCCCCCUUUCUUCACACUACCACCACAUUCGGACGGUCCGUCAGUCCACCCUGCCUCUGAGCAUGCCCCCGUUGACCUGUCAGUGGCCUGCACCUGGGACUAACUGAUUGACAAGCGACGUCUCUUGAUUGACAGAUUCUCUGAUAGCCGCCAUCUCCCAAGCUGCGCCCACAUCCAGGUUGCAAGUCCACCAACUCUGCUGCUCUGAAGUCCGCAAGGGCAAACGACUUUCACUGACCCACACAAUCUUUUUUGCUACACUUUUAGUAGUUUUUUUAGCACACUGAAGAGCCAUUAGAGUAUAGCGUCUCCUUAAACAAGUGGCUAGCUUUACCCCACCCCGGCAUUGCUAUGGCUUUAAAUAUUGCUUCGAUGCGAGACACAAAAUGGCUGACGCUGGAGGUGUGCCGACAGUUCCAGAGGGGGACAUGUUCGCGGAGUGACGAGGAAUGCAAAUUUGCGCACCCGCCCAAAAGCUGCCAGGUGGAGAACGGAAGGGUGAUUGCCUGCUUUGACUCGCUAAAGGGCCGAUGUACACGGGAGAACUGCAAAUACCUCCACCCCCCGGCCCACCUGAAGACCCAGCUGGAGAUCAACGGCCGCAACAACCUCAUACAACAGAAGACUGCAGCAGCCAUGUUGGCUCAACAGAUGCCUUUCAUGUUCCCUGGCACGACCAUGCAGCCUACCAUGCAGUCGUUUCCUAUUAGCCAGGGGCUGGGCUCCAGCCCGGGGCUGAGUUACGCUCCCUACCUGACCCACAUGACCCACAGCAUGGGCAUGAUGCCCACCGAGAUGCUCCAGCCCAGCACCCAGAGUAUCAUCGUCCCCGGCAGCCCUCCCUGCUCCAUGCAGAGCUCCUCCUCCAACCAGAAGCUUCUACGCACGGACAAGCUGGAGGUGUGCCGGGAGUUCCAGCGGGGCAACUGCGCGCGUGGCGAGACGGACUGCCGCUUCGCUCACCCCAGUGACAGCCCUAUGAUUGACACUAGCGAUAACACGGUGACCGUGUGCAUGGACUACAUCAAGUCACGUUGCUCCCGGGAGAAGUGCAAGUACUUCCACCCGCCGGCCCACCUGCAGGCCAAGAUCAAGGCUGCGCAGCAUCAGGCCAACCAGACGGCCGUGGCCGCGCAAGCUGCUGCCAUGACUCAGUCGACUGCCAAAGCAAUGAAGCGACCCCUCGAGGCAACUGUAGAACUGGCUUUCCCCCACGGCUGCCUGCAGCCCCUACCAAAGAGACAAGCACUUGAGAAGAGCAACGGGGCCAGCUCGCUCUUUCACCCCAGUAUGUUGCACUACCAGCAGGCCUUGGCCAACGCACAGCUGCAGCAGCAGACAGCUUUCUGUGGCUUUCCCACAGGGUCAGUCUUGUGCAUGACUCCAGCUAGCAGCCUUGUACCCAUGAUGUACAGUGCUACGCCUGCUACUAUCUCUGCAACAACAACUCCUGUCACAAGUGUCCCCUACGCAGCAGCAGCGCCAGCCAAUCAGAUCAUCCUGAAGUAACUGUCAGGAAGGAAAUGGAGUGUCAAGAAGCUGCACUACAAAGCCCAAAACAGCCCUUUUUCUGUACAUACUACCUUCCCCUUCAACAACCUGCAUGCUAAGAGUGUAAUACUACCAAUUAACCAUAAGACUUGAGUGCUGGUGUAAGAUGAUACACACAACAAAAAUAUGUAAAUGUAUUGCUAGGAAACUAUUGCCAUGAAAAUUAUGACAAAAAAUAAUAUGUACUGAACUACAUACACUUAGUGGAGAGAUGGCGAAUAGUUCAUUUUAACGAUUGUUUUCUCUGUUAAAGUAAUAUGGGUCCUUUUUUAUAUUUUGUUUUCAAAACAGAACCUCGAUCUGCACAAAUGUUCACCCUUUGAAAACACCUUAUUUGCACUAUAAGAGAACUAGUGCUUAUUGUCAAAAGUGCUUCAUUGUUUUAAACAGGAGAGUCACAGAGAAGCCCCUGGUUGCAACUGGCGCUCCAGAUCAAGCUAGAAGGGAUCGUUUUACUUUUUGUUUGUUCUAAUUAUUUUUAAAAGACAAAUGUUAGGGAAGACGACAUGUUUACUCAAUGACUGUCCUCUUAAUGAUGGUUUAAACGCGUUCCCCCACCCCAUCACCACCACCCCUUUAAAAUGGUGUGGUAUGCACUCCAUAUGAACCAUUUGCCAACAUUUAAUCUCUGGAAAACAAACGGCUUGCCAAACGAAAGUCAUCGCGACUGACAGACUAACGGACAGAAGCGAUCGGAGUCGAUCUGCAAGGGAACAGACGUGGAACAGCUUCGUGGCCAAAACGUGCAGUCGGGCCUCGUUUUUGUGCACGUCUGGAAAAAAAGAACCUAGAAUUUCGAUUUCUUCUCCUUUGUUAAAUUUCAAUUUUACAUUUGGAUGGGUGCUGAUAUUUGGGUUGUGUGUGUGUGUGUGUGUGUGAGGUUGGGUGGAAGCCUCAGAGGGGUCGGUGUUGGGGAGAGUUAUACUGGGCAUCAGGGAGUGCUUACUAGCCUAUAUGGCCCCGGUUUGUGUGCCAAGGGCUUAACAAAAGCUUGCGGGUGGCCGAAAGCAUACGGCGGGAGAGAGCCUCAGCCUAAUGGGCCAAGCCAUGGAUUCUGCCAGCAGACUGGAACAGACCGACUCGACUGUAAGUCCACCAGAGGCCCCAAAGUCAAGACCACAGGGACGAGGCCUUUUGGGGAGUGGGGCUAGAAGGAGGGAUAAGGGUGAGAUCGGCGAGGGGUGAAACAAGUGCUACGACUCAAAAAGGUGCAUUCAAAGAUGCUAGUCAUCGUCGUGAGAUGACGUGAAGUUAUUGACUGGAGGGCUAUCUGUGACUGUCAGUCGUCACCCUGCUAUCACCGAGAAUCCUGUUUCUAUUUUAGAAAAACUGUAGAAGUGCCUAAAAAUCCUCUAACUUUAAAACAACAAGCAUCUGGAGAAACAUAUUUUGUCAAAGAAAAAAAUAAGAAUAUAUUAAAGGAUGGUUCAAGCAAAGUUCCCAAUAGUAUGUUGACCUAUUUAGAGAAAAGACUAUUCACUUUUCAUGCAGAUGCCAUGGUUAAAGCAGUACCCUAGUGUUAUUGUAAACAUAUUUAACACAACAAAAAAUAACUUUCUGAAUAGAAAAUAUAUAUAAACUAACCAAGAUAGCUUGGUAGAAUGUUUGUUAAACAUUUUCAUGAUGUAAUAUUUUGGUCUUACCAUAGGUUUUUAGUAGUUUACAUUGAAAAAAGUGAUCGAGAAUACAGGAAAUUGUGACUUAUGUGUAAUGUAUGUAAUGUGUUUCUUUGAGAGUUUAUAAUCAUGGUUGUAGCAGCAAUGUAUUCACAUUUAUUUCAAUUUGUUUUAUGAUGUUAAGCAUCAAAAUAAGUGUGUCACCAGAACAGUCUGUUAUUUUAUGCCAUGCUAUAGUUAAUUGUGUACUUGCAUUGUUUUAAACCAACCUCCACGUUAUUACCUAAUGGUUUAUGAGAUGUGUAUUUCGACUCUAAAUCACAUUUCUCGACACUACACAACCAAUUAUUUUCCUUGUGUUCAACAAAGAGGAUCAGAAUCAUGACAUAUUUUCAUGGCGCUUGAUCAACAGACAAUCCACAACGAGACACCUUUGGUUCAAAAAUAAGGCACUGGUCUUAGUAUUUCGUUUUUUGUUUAUUUUUGUUCACUUUCACUGAGAUUUUCUUCUAAAAGGUUACAGUUUUAAUGUAAUUUUUGGUGGAAGGUGAACGAAGGUAUUUUUUGGUAACUUAUCGUAUUUUAAUGUUUUGUCAAAUGAGUCAGAAUGAUGUAACCUAUUCUAUUUUGAAAUGAAUGUAAUUUAUUGCGCUGUGCAUACCUACAAGGUCGUGUCUCUUUGGUCAGCCAAUGAGAUGCAGAUCAGAAGCAAGGGGGUGGAGUCUUAAAAAGCCACCAAUAGAAAGCUACUGGAUCUCCCUUGUCUUGUCAUCAACACAGUUCAUCGCAUUACAGUAAUGAACAAGGCUUUAGAAUUGCUUAUUGUUCAACAAAAAAAAAGAAAAUAAGAAUGUUAAUUGUAUAGGUGAAAUUUUACCAAAAAAAUGAUUUAAAUAUGUACUUUUCACUCUAGUAUUUCAUAAUAUUAAGUUGUUGCUGUGGCAACAAAGUUGCAAUUACUAAAGUUCUGUAUUUUUGUAAAUUAUGUAAUCAUUAAGUUGACUUUUUUUUCUAGAACACUGCACACAUCACUAGAUUGUAAAGCAGAUUUCAACAUUUCUUAUUUGUCGUGAUUAUGACAAUUUUCCUUAGCAGCCUCUGUAAAGGUGUAACUUUAACACUUAAGAUGUAAUAGACAAAGUUUCCAAUGUUAUUUAGGAUGAAAUUAUAACAAAUGAUCUAUUAAUUGAAUAGUUAAGAUGUACAACUUUUCCCCUGAGAAAGGACCACUGGUUUCAUGCACACCAAUGGAAAAAUAUUUAUGAAUGUAGUUUGUUAAAUUGUUUAUCAUCAGUUAAGGAUUGCACUUCUUCCGGUAAAGUAAAACAUUUCAUUAUUACGAUGCCAUACCUAAUGAAAUUUGCAAAGUUACUCUACACCGGUAAUUCUGUAUAAUAGUCACUACCUGUUUGUAUCAGAGAAAUAACCUUUGAGCAUCUUGCAUGGAAAAAGUUUUUAUUAAUAAACAAUUUACUGAAUGUUUCUAGUUAUACCGAAAAACACAAAAGAUAGUCUGCACAUGAGACAAAAAUCCAAGUUGUUCUUGGAUUGAAAUUAAAUGUGUUGACAUUGACUGACGGUAAGAGAAAAAUAUACAAGCACUUGGGUCAGCUGAGCAGACAGCUUAUCCAAACACUUUGCCUUAUCGUUAGUCCAUCGUGCUUAAGGUUUUAUGUUCCAGAGCUGUUAAAAAUAAACUUUUAAAGGCUAUAAACUAGUCUCUACUGAAGACUUUUGCGUUUUAUAUAUAUACACACACACACACACACACACACACAAAGUUUGUGGUAACUUAGAAAUGUCCUUGUUUUUGAAAGAAAAAAAAGUGGGAGGCCCCGGUGUACAACUAAGAAAGAGGACAAGUACAUUCGUGUCUAGUUUGAAAAACCGACGCCUCACAAGUCCUCAACUGGCAGCUUCAUUAAAUAGAACCCACAAAACACCAGUCUCAACGUCAACAGUUUUAAAGGCGACUCUGGGAUGCUGGCCUUCUAGGCAGAGUUCCUCUGUCCAGUGUCUGUGUUCUUUUACCCAUCUUAAUAAUUUCUUUUUAUUGGCCAGUCUGAGAUAUGGCUUUUUCUUUGCAACUCUGCCUAGAAGCCCAGCAUCCCGGAGUUGCCUCUUCACUGUUGACGGUAAAGACUGGGGUUUUUGCAGGUACUAUUUAAUGAAGCUGCCAGUUGAGGACUUGUGAGGCAUCUGUUUCUCAAACGAGACACACUAAGGUUCUUGUCCUCAUGCUCAGUUGUACACUGGGGCCUCCCACUCUUUCUAUUCUGGUUCGAGACCGUUUGUACUGUUCUGUGAAGGGAGUAGUACACAGCAUUGUACAAGAUCUUCAGUUUCUUGGCAAUUUCUCACAUGUAAUAUAGCCUUCAUUUCUCAGAACAGGAAUAGACUGACGAGUUUCAGAAGAAGGUCUUUGUUUCUGGCAAUUUUGAGCCUGUAAUCGAACCCACAAAUGCUGAUGCUACAGAUACUCAACAAGUCUAAAGAAGGCCAGUUGUAAUUGCUUCUUUAAUCAGAACAACAGUUUUCAGCUGUGCUAAUAUAAUUGCAAAAGGGUUUUCUAAUGAUCAAUUAGCCUUUAAAAUUAUAAACUUGGAUUAGCUAACAGCGUGCCAUUGGAACACAUGUUCCAUGUAUGUAAUAAUGUAAUAUGCCUAUGUAGAUAUUCCAUAAAAAGUAGUCAUUUGCAACAAUGUCUACACUGUAUUUCUGAUAAAUUUUAUGUUAUUUUAAUGGACAAAAAAAUGUUUUUCUUUCAAAAACAAGGACAUUUCUAACACCCCAAACUUUUUAACGGUUGUGUGUGUGUGUGUGUAUAUAUAAAAAAAAGUAAAAACUUAAAACAAUAUUUUUAUUUAUACACAUAAAUUAAAUAUCGUUUUAAGUUUAGUAUUUUUUGGUGAGGCCAAAAGGAUCAACUGCUGUACAAAAAGCAGUUGUGUCCUAAAGCCCCAUUCGAAUACUUUAAUAACACACCCUUCCUUACUUACUUUCUGAUCUAACACAAUUUGUUAAAUUUAAGCAACAGUUCUAUCAUAUAGCUCCAGCCAUGGCAGAUUGGGUAUUUCUUCAAGGAAGGGGGAAAGCAAUGAUGCAUUUUGUUAAAGUAUUGGAACAGGGCCCUAUUCUGUCCUUGUAGAGAGCUUGACGAUGAGGGUUGUGGCCAUCAUGCCAUGCUGAAUGGUCCCUAAAAGGACUGCAGCCAGGGUUGUAUUCACAAGGAAGCAAAUGUGCUGAAACGGGAAGGGGCUAAGUGAACUUGUCCAAUAAGAAACGCUUGUUUAUGUUUAAUGUUGCAAAACGUUUCGUUUACGGUUUUCACUAUUUAAUAUUACCCAGGUAAUGAAUUGAGACUGCUUUGUCAUUAGAAAUGCAGUAUCCCAUCUACUUUACAAAAAAUAUAUAUAGAGAAAAAGACCAGAUUCAUUGGAUUAUUAGUUUUGAUGUAACCAUUUUUCUGUUUUCUUUGUGCGAUUUUAUGUUACAGCAAGAUAGUGUAAAAUCUAUUGAAAUAAAGAAAGAAAAAAUGGAAAUUA